AACAUGGUUUGGGCCCAACUUUUGACCCUGGCCCAGCUGCAUGUCUAGGCCCAGCUUCGGGAUUUGCCAGCUUACUCCAAAUGCUCACCGGUUCUUGAAUUGUUUUGUAAAUAUCUGUGAAAAUUUGAAAAUCAACCCUUCCCUUGAGCUUUUCCUCCAUAUGUACGAAGUCUUGCCCGGGACUAGUAACUGCCCAAGCUUCGUCUAUUUCCAUUCUCGUAAUAAGAGAUCUUUUGUGACCGGUCUUCCCCCUAGUCACAAAAGAUGGAAGAAAAGAUUUGUUUUUGUUGAAUUCCCCCGUGACCAAUUUCCUCUCUCAAACCCUGAGUGGGCUGACCGGGUUAUAAAACCUGAAAGGGUUCAACCGGAGCCCACUAAAGAUCUUGAGGACGCCUGCGAGAAACUUCUCAAGGGUGAUCCUGUGACCGGGAAACCUUAUGCCUACGGGGGCUGGGUAUUCCGGCUAGCUAACCCGGAUGGGGGUGCGUCUGCGACCCAUGACGCUGAGGAUAACCGGGCUGAUUCCCCGGAUGGUCACGCUGAGGCCGGCUCUCCUCAUCCAGACAUGAACUUCAACAGGAUGACCACCAUCAUUGAGGAUGACGAUGAUGAUGUCCAAGUCCUCCACUCCAACCGGUCUCCUCUCUCUAACUCUCCUUCUCCUCCUUACUUCCCUGGAAUGGAUGGGGCCACAAGUGCCCGGUGUAGCCCUAUCCAUGAGCAGAGCCAGAAGCUGAAAUCUCCUUCAGCCAGGCACCAUUCUGAGGUUGACCGGGCUAAUCCCCCCAAAGUCCCGGUCCAAUCAGGUGCUAAAGAGGUCGGUGCAUCUUCCUCUUCAAAAGCCAAGGACCAAAAAAGGAAGAGCUCUCAUAAGAGUUCCAGGGGAGGCAAGAAGAGGAAGAUUAGCUUAUCAGACAGGGAGGGGGAAACCAUCGAAGAAGCCUUCCUAUCCCUGGCCA